AUGGAUGCUGCCAAUAAUGAUAUGGAAUGGUUGAAGUCAAUAAGGAGAAGAAUUAACAAGUACCCAGAACUAAUGUUUGAGGAAUAUAACACAAGUGCCCUUAUCAGAAGUGAGCUCGAUAGAAUGGGGGUAUCAUAUAAAUGGCCAUAUGCAAAGACUGGUGUGGUGGCCCAGAUUGGUUCUGGAUUGCCUCCUGUUGUUGCUCUCAGGGCAGACAUGGAUGUCCUACCUCUUCAAGUAUAUGCAUUCACAUCCGGGCUUACAUAUUUUCAUGACAGCACCAAUUAUGUUUAUGUUUCUGCAGAAAGUGGAAGCUCAGACACGGCAAGCGAAAUGCUUGGAAAAAUGCCUCGCAGAAAUAUGGUCUCAUGGAAUGCGAUGAUCUCAGGAUAUGCACAGAAUGGGUUUGCUGAAAAGGCCUCAGAGACAUUCAAGCAAAUGCAAUCGGCCUAA